AUGGCGAAGGCCCCGGCCCCCGCGCGCGCGCCCAGCAGCCCCGCCACCAAACCAGGGGUCGUGAAGAAGCGCAGUCGGAGGAAGAACAAGGGCCGGUUCUGGAAGAGCAAGGCGCAGGACGCGGGCACCCCGGAGCGCACCCCCAAACCCGCCGUGAGGCCCCCGACGGCUCCCGGAGAGUUCUCCCAGAACUGGAAGGCGCUGCAGGAGUGGCUGCUGAGACAGAAACCGCAGACCCCAGAGAAGCCCCUUGGCCCUCGGACGGAUGCCAGAAAGCAGCUCCACGCGCCCCAGCCAGCCAGACACUGGGCCUCAGGUCCAGCAAAGGGAGACGGCGUCCCGGGGACCAGCAAGAGUUCUGAGUCAGCGGGGUCCCUGACGGCCAGGAAGGGGCCGGCACCUCCCAGUAAGGCCACUGGAGCAGAGAACAAGAAGAAGGGGACUGCAGAAAGGACAAAUGGUCACGUGUCCCCAAUGCCAGGGGACUUCAAGCAUAAGAAGCGAAAAGCUGAGGCCGCUAUACCAGCCCCACCCGCUGAGGACGACAUCUGGUUUGACGACGUUGACCCAGAGGAUAUCGAGGCCGCCAUAGGGCCAGAGGCCGCCAACGUAGUGAGGAGGAGGCUGGGUCAGCACCAGAACAGCAUCACCCUCGUGAAGGAGCAGGGCUUCGGCGGCCUGACCAGAGCCCUGGCCCUGGACUGCGAGAUGGUGGGCGUGGGCCCCAAGGGAGAGGAGAGCGUCGCUGCCCGUGUGUCCAUUGUGAACCAGUACGGCAAGUGUGUUUACGACAAGUACAUCCAGCCAGCGGAGCCUGUGACAGACUACCGGACGGCAGUCAGUGGGAUCCGGCCGGAGGACCUCAGGCGGGGAGAAGAGCUGGCCGUCGUCCAGAAGGAGGUGGCUGAGAUGCUGAAGGGCAGGAUUCUAGUGGGACACGCUCUGCACAAUGACUUGAAGGUGCUGUUUCUCGAUCACCCCAAAAAGCAGACCCGGGACACACAGAAGUACAAGCCUUUCAAGCGCCAAGUAAACAGUGGUCGUCCGUCCCUGAAGCUGUUGUCAGAGAAGAUCCUGGGCAUCACAGUGCAGCAGUCGGAGCACUGCUCGGUUCAAGAUGCCCAGGCAGCGAUGAGGCUCUAUGUCAUGGUGAAGAAGGCAUGGGAGGGUACUGCCAAGAACAGACAGGUGGCCAGUGCUGCCCCAGACAGUCGCCACACCUAA